AGCGGGCGCCUCCUUCCUGUUUCCGCUCGGCAGGCCGGCGCCCUCCAGGGCAGCGGGACCUCGGCGCCGCCCUUCCGUCGCUCGACAGGCCCGGAGGGUGCCCGAGGCGGCGCUGGGCCCCCUCGCCGCAGGGUUUUCCCAAUAGAAAAACAGAAAAAAUGUUCGAUAUUAAGGCGUGGGCUGAAUACAUCGUGGAGUGGGCUGCAAAGGACCCAUAUGGCUUUCUUACUACAGUGAUCUUGGCCCUUACACCAUUGUUCGUAAUUAGCGCAGCGCUUUCGUGGAAGCUUGCAAAAAUGAUUGAGGCCAGGGAGCGAGAGCAAAAGAAGAAGCAGAAACGCCAAGAGAAUAUUGCAAAAGCCAAACGAACAAAGAAGGAUUAAAUGGGCAAAAAAAGGCCUUCCUUGCGCAAAGAAUCUACUUAAAUGAAACACUUGUACAUUUUGUGUUGUAACUGUCCUUUGAUACUUGAUCCUGUUAUUUCUUGAAGUAUGAAAUUUAAUCCCCUCAAUGUAUUUUUUUCUGCUGAGAUGAUCUGUGUUAAAGUUUGCCCAAGUGACACUUGUCACAGUCAUUUAAUUUACUACUUGGGUUCUAGUGCAGGUUGCUUUUCUAAAUUUGCAUGUUAAAUUAAAAAAUUAAUCUGUUGGGUG